AUGCACAUCCCACAAGCACCAACACCCCUCCACCACCGUCUCAUACCGCAACGACCCACGCGCCUCGGCUGGAAAGUCUAUCUGCUCACCGCCGUAGUCUCCACGUUCACCGGGUUCUACGUUUUUGACCCUUACAUGCGCGCGCAAUUCGAGCCACAGCAACAAGCAACGGCAGCGGCGGCUGGUGGGGCCAAGGAGGGAGCCGGUGGGGUCGCUGCCAAGGAUCCUGGUUACGAAUCCGCCGUACGCGAAACGUCGAAUAUACCCCUCAUCUCUCGGUCCGGCAACCCGCCACCCGUGCACAAGCAAUUGCGGGUGUGGAUAUGUUACCUAUCCCGCCUGAACGAAACACCUGACAGAUAG